AUGUCUUCCGGCUUUGACCCCACUAAUGCCACUCCAUGGACUGACACACCUGGUCUCUAUGCACUUCUCAACAUCGAUGGCCAGAGCGCACUUGACGAGGAUCGCGACGCCAAGCCACAGAUAAUCCAUGGCUGGGAGUACGGCGACUCCUUCAAAAUCGCCAACGUCAACCAGCUUUGGCAGCUGGCGGACAUGGGUGACAGGAAGUGGCUCGUGAUCAACAAGACUGGCCACUACCUUGCCGCCAAAGGUGCGUGGUCCUCCGAUUUCACCAAGAUGGGUGACGCCGACAUGAACUCCGCUCAUUGGCGCAUUACCAUGGCCGAAGCCGGUGACUUGUACAAGCUGUACAUCUACAGCGUCAAGUUCAAUGGCAAUUGCCUGACCCUUGAGAAUGGCAACGGUACCAACGGCACCAACAUCAAGUGUGCCACCCAGAACAGGGUCAAGAAGGGGCAGAUCUGGAUUGUCAAGAAGCAGAAUUAG